UCUUCAUUUUAUGUACAAUAUUCACUCUUAUCUUAACGUCUCUUCUUCACUCUGCUACCAUUUUCCAUUCUUGCAUCAUCAUAAUUUUCUUUUGUUAUCCAAAGAAAAACUCUUCUCUUUCCUUUUUCUGCAGUUCAUAAUCUGCAAAGCCUUCGGUAUUUGGCUCAUCAUAAUCUUUUUUUCAUAUCUAAAGAAAGACUACAUGCAUCUUCCUUUCUUUGCAAUUGGAAAUUACUGUAUUCAAUAUUCAGACUUGGUUGUCUAUUGCAUACAAGUUUAUUGUUUGAAGAUCUGAUAUAUUGUCAACUACUUUGCCAUCCAAACCAUGAUCAGAAUAGAAAAGUAACCUAGCUAGAAUGGCGGACCCGGUCACUAGUACUGUCGUUGGAAAAAUAGUGGACUUGUUGUUUAGUGCGGCUAAACGGGAGAUUGAUUACGUCCGAAAUCGCACUAAAAAUGUUGAAAAGUUGAAAAGUGAAACUCAAAAGCUCAAGGAUACGAGGGAAAGGAUUCCACAACUAAUCAAGGCAGCUAAAGAAAAAGGAGAAGCUCUCGUAAAUGGUGAGGAAGUGAAAAACUGGAUGAACAAGGCAGGCGAUGAAAUAUCCAAGGUGGAAUUAUUUCUUGAAGAAGAAGCCAACGCCAAGAAGACAUGCUUCAACUUACAACCUUGUGUCAAUUUGUGCACCCUCUCCCAUUACAGUAAGAUGGCGAAAAACAAGACCGCUUCUCUUCUGGAUCUACAAAAUGCUGGUGAAUCUCAUGAAAAGUGUCUCUCCAUUCCCACUCGCACCCCAGGAUUGGUAGACCUCUACCAACCAAAGAAUCUUGAUGGUAUUGAUUCCCACAAGUUGGCGUUGAGGGAUACCAUUCAAGCUAUCAAAGAUGAGAGCAAUCAAAUUGUUGGAAUUUAUGGAUCAGGAGGUGUAGGGAAAACUACAUUAGCCAAGGAAGUUGCUGUAAAAAUGAAGAAUCUAUUUGCAGACAUUGUGUUUAUAACUGUCUCACAGACUGUAAACGUUAAAGAGAUUAAAGAAAAUGUUGAAGUAGCUGCAAAACGGAUAAUCAAUGGGGAGAAGAUUCUAAUCAUUUUAGAUGACAUAUGGGAACCACCGGUCCUCUCAGAUCUUGGCAUACCAUGUGGGAAAGACCACAUGAAUUGCAAGAUUUUGUUGACGUCUAGAAAAAUAAACGUAUAUGAAGCGAUGAACGUUGAUAAGAAAAUACCUGUAAACAUUUUGAUACCGACAGAAGCGUGGAUCCUUUUCAAACGUGUUGUGGGUGAUGAAAAGAUAGCAAACCAAGAUAGACUGGAGAAAAUUGCAAAUGAUGUGUCUAAAGAAUGUGGUGGAUUGCCACUUCUCAUUGAAGCCGUGGGAAAUGCUUUAAAAAGUAAACCAAUUGAUAGAUGGGAGGCAGCACUUAAACAACUACAAAAGAAUGCACCUGUAGAUAUCGAUCCAGAGAUACGCCAAGCAUUUACUAAGUUGAAGCUGAGCUAUGACUUACUUGGAAGCGAAGUAGCUAAAUGGUGCUUCUUAAUGUGUAGUUUGUUCAAGGAAGAUGGAAUCAUAGAUAUGUUACGCUUAGCAGAAUAUGGGGUGGCUCUGCAGAAAUUUAAUGAUCCGGAUAGCAUUAACGAUGCACAAGAAAGUGCCCAAACGGCAGUUGACAUCCUCACAUCCUCUUCCUUGUUAUUAUCUGAGGGGGACAAAGUAAAAAUGCAUGAUGUUGUUCGUGGUGUGGCUUUGUUCAUAACUUCUUCUUCUCAAGGCGAAGAGAAGGAUAAGUUUUUAGUGGAGGCUGGAAAAAAUUUGACAGAAUGGCAACCAAGAAACAGAACCUCAGACAAGUACACCAAGAUCUCACUCAUGAAUAAUAGAAUUCGUAAGCUUCCAGAUCAUCAGCUUCAUUUCCCACACCUUGAUACUUUCCUUAUACGAAGCAAUUAUCUUUCCAUUAUUCCUGAUGAUUUCUUUGAAGGCAUGAAAGAAGUUAAAGUUUUAGAUAUGUCUUUAAAUGAGAUCAUAUCCCUACCAAAAUCACUGAAGCUGCUCACAAAACUCAUCACACUCGAUCUAAGUGGCAAUGAAUCUCUCGAUGAAAUUUCAAUACUUGGGGAGCUAAAAGGCCUUGAAAUUCUGAAGGUUAGAGGGACCGGAAUUAAAGUGAUUCCUAAAGAGAUCGGUCAGUUGAUCAACUUAAGGCUAUUGGAUGCGGGCGAAUGUUACUAUUUAUCUGAUGUAACACCUGGCGUCAUAUCAAAGCUCACUUGCUUGGAAGAGUUGUAUAUUGGAACAGAUGAAGAGAACGCAGUGUCUCGCCUUUGUCUUAUGGAAAUAAGGAAAUUGAAAUUCUUCAGAGCUCUGCAUUUUUCAACGAAUUCAAAUGCUUGUCAUCUUUUUCCUGAAGGUACCUACUUCGAAAAGUUGCAAGAAUUCUUUUUUCAAUUUAUUGAUAUUGAUACAGAGAGAUUCCUUUUGCAAUCUGAUUUUGAUCGAUCAAAAUCACAUUUAAAACGUCGACUACGCAUUGCAAGGUCUAAAUUCCCAUUCAAGAUGUCAAUCAAGAAACUAUUUCAGGAAAGUGAUGGUAUAGAACUAGACUAUAUACAAGAUUUGGAUAACAUCAUACCAGACCUUUAUGUAGAAAAUACUAGUGAUAAGUUAAAGGCUAUUGAAUUGUAUAGUUCUGAAAAUGUUUCAUGCUUGGUGAAGACAACGAUUGAGGAUGAGGAUGCAACAAAGGAAAAGCUUUUCUCCCAAGUGGAACAAAUCCGCCUGCAUGACCUUAAGAACCUAAAGCUUCUUUUUGAUUGUUCAUUUCAAUAUAUAAGCUUGCGUAAUCUACAAGACAUUACAAUUUCAAGUUGUUCUUCCUUGUUGACGGUGUUCCCCUUGAGUGUAGCACAAGGGCUUUACAAUCUGAGACGUAUACAGAUUUGGGAUUGUAGCAGUUUGGUGGUAGUGAUUUCUGGUGGAGAUGAGCAAACAACUGUUAGUGACAUUGAGCAAACAGAGGAUAUUGAAAUCGAAGUGGGCAUACAUGAUGCAAAUAUUGAGUUCCGUUGGCUUGCCCGUAUCGACCUUACAAAUUUGCCCCAAUUAAAGAGCUUCUACUCUGGGGAUUCUACAAUCAAAUAUCCUUCCUUGAAGUUUAUCCAGGUGAAAAAUUGUCCGAGCAUGAAGUCUACAUGGGGUCACGGGGUCGACGAUAUGCUCAAUGUCGACGAUACGCCCAACCACAAUUUUACUCCUAAAGAGGGUAAAUUGUUACCUAUAGAGUGCGAAUUGUUACCUAUAGAGGGUGAAUUGUUACUUUAAUGAUCUUAUCGCAGUGCACCAUGAGGCAUGAGGGAUGGAGUUGUUCUUCGGUGUGGAUUUUGAUUUGAAUCGCAGUGAGCUAUGAAAUAAUUGGUAAUUUUAAUGAUAUUUUAUAAAAAUUACUAUUAUGAACGAGGUUGUUGUGUGUAUUUUAUUUAGGAAUGAUAUGAAUGAUGUAAAAAAUAUUAAGUUAUUGUGUUUCCAAAUAAUCAUUUUGUGUGGAAGAAAGCAUUUUGGAGAAUCAUUUCAAA